GCGCGCUCCCGCUCCGCUCCCGUUCUGCUCCCGCUCUUCCCGCACGCACAUUGUCCGGGCGCGGCGGCGGCACAGCGCCCCGGCGCCCCGUGCCAAUGCGGGGCGGGCGCGGCACGCCGGGGGCGCCUCCACCACCGCGGUGGAAACUUCCCCUCGCCGCCGGGCCGACGCGCGGCUGAAACCCCCGGCGGGGAGGAGCGGAGCGGGGUUUCGCCCGCCUGGGGGUGCGCCUCGUCUAGUUUGGGGUUUUUUCCUACGUUGGAAGGGCAAAAGCGAAUAAUACUGUUGCCCGGCUUUAAACUUCCGCGCCGCGCUCUCCGGGACGCGCAUCCCGCCCGGCGGGGCGGACGAGCCGGGGGACUUGAACCAUUCCCAGAGGAGAGGACCCUCUGCUCAUUAGCCAUCCAGAGGGUGGUGGUGCUCCUGGAAGUCCUGAGCUGGGGUCAGCUGGAAGAUGACUGAAUACAAGCUGGUGGUGGUGGGAGCAGGUGGUGUUGGGAAGAGUGCUUUGACGAUCCAGCUCAUUCAGAACCAUUUUGUUGAUGAGUAUGACCCCACGAUAGAGGAUUCCUAUAGAAAGCAAGUAGUCAUCGAUGGAGAGACCUGUUUGUUAGACAUCUUGGACACUGCAGGGCAGGAGGAGUACAGUGCCAUGAGAGACCAGUACAUGAGAACAGGGGAAGGAUUCCUGUGUGUCUUUGCCAUCAACAACACCAAGUCCUUUGAAGAUAUUCACCAGUACAGAGAGCAGAUCAAGAGGGUGAAAGACUCAGAUGAUGUUCCCAUGGUGCUGGUGGGGAAUAAAUGUGACCUUCCUGCCCGGACAGUGGAGACCCGGCAAGCACAGGACCUGGCCCGGAGCUAUGGGAUCCCCUACAUAGAAACCUCUGCCAAAACCAGACAGGGCGUUGAGGAUGCUUUCUACACCUUGGUGCGGGAGAUCCGGCAGCAUAAGCUGCGCAAGCUGAAUCCCCCGGAUGAGAGCGGCCCCGGCUGCAUGAACUGUAAAUGUGUGGUAUCGUGACUAUGCUGUCUGGACCGUGUCUUGGUGAGGUUCCCACUGUGCAGUGCGCAAGGAAAGAGGUGAAGCAAAGGAAGAAGCAAACGGAUUCAGAGGAGCGUGGAGGGGGGAGAAGAGGAGGAAGAAGAGGACAGGGGGAGCACGAGGCCCUCCAAGGACUAUCUCACACUUCAUCCAAGGCUGCGGCAAACAACUUUUUUUUUUUAUCCCCAUCCCCUCAUCCCUUGGCCUCCUCCCACCCCGGCAACUGUACAAAGCCACAGAUUGAAUCACAGUAAAUUAUUAUUUGAUCGUCUCAACAAAUCACCUUGAUGGCUGUGUCCUCCUUCCAGAGGCUGCAGGUGCUGCUGGUGCUCCAGAAGGAUCGCUGGUGGGAUUGCAGGGAGGAAAGGGUGCUGAGAUUUGCUCUCCACAGACCAAGGUCAUGGUGUAGAUCAUGGAGAUGAUUGAGGUGCGAGAGACAAGCUCUCAGGGCAAGACAGCUUGUCUCUGUCUCCAGCAAGUCUUUGUUUUGUCCUCCCCAGCCCACCUGAAACUCUGCUGGUCCCAAGUUUUGGGAGGGUGGAAGAGUGCAACCAGUUCAAGCCUGUCCUUGGGACUCCCCUUGAGUGCUUUGCUUUCAGCCUAGUCCUUGUGGGAUUUGUGGCCUCAGAUGCAAUGCCUGGAAGGGAAGAAGCAUCAGGGAGGAGAUUCAAGAGCUGGGUUCAGCUCAGCAGUUUGUUGCUUCCCUGAUUCCCUUCCUGACAGCAAUUUUGUGGCACAAGACUUCCACCAUGUGUUGUCCUCUAGAGGUAGAACUUCUUUGUACCUUCCAGCCCUAGCUAUGGCAACACCUGUAUAGCAUGUACACCUUGGGCUGCUCCAGUAUGUACAGGUAAACAAAUCCUUGUCUGCUCUGUGCAUGGCUUCCUUACUGGUGAGCAUGUUGAGAAGGGCUCUCCUGCACUGCAGAAGCUGUCUGGCUGCUCAGUAACUAAGACUAAAGGAUUCAGGCUUCCAGUCUUGGGGUUUAGAGUGGGUAAGAGUGUUUUGGAUAAGGGCUAAUCUCUUUGGAACCCUAUCUUUGCUCAGCUCUGUUCCUUUGGGGUUUUUGCCUGAGGUGUGAUCUAUGUGCCUUUCACUUGCAGCCCCAAGACAAGGCAUUGCACUCAGUGCAGUGGGUGGCUUGGUAUUCAUCAUCUUUCCCUCUUCCAAGCUAUUGCACAGGCUAAUUUAGCUGGCAUCCAGAACUAGGAGCAUCAAAGGGGGAAGGCGAUCCAGCAGAGUGUGGCAGGGAGCUGUUCUGCAUGGGCUAGCCCAGGCCUGAAGGUGCUGGAUUUGGCAGCCAAGGUUGGUCUGGGUUUGAAGCGGUGAGGGUGGUGUGUGAGUCACAUGCCUCAUGUGGCAAAAUCAGUACAGAAAUCCUGGUCACCCCCAGCACAAAGCCACAGUCCACCCAGGCCUUCCCAGCAUCCAUGCAAGCAACCUCCCAUCCCACUCCCCAUCCUCUGUUAUGCCAGGCAGAAGCAGAAUUAAAACAGCGGAAUUUAGCUCCCAUGCUCCUUGGGGGCACUGUCUUUGCUUUUGGCCUGGGCAAGAGGAGACUU